CUUGAACUUCUGCUGCUAUGAGUCAUGCAACCUGAGAUCUCCACCCGAUAAGACGGCAUGGACGCCUUAACGUGGCCUUUGCUUUUUGGAUGCCUUUGCUUCAAUGUUAUUCAAAGUGAAGCCUCGUCUUGGACAGCUACAAUGCCCUCCUCGGUCAAAGGUCUCCCUGGAUCAUGUGUGGUGAUCCCCUGCUCAUUCAACUACCCAGAUCCACAGAAGGCGGUCAGUGAGUUCACCGGGUGCUGGAUGGACGACACCAACCACCUCAUCUAUCACCCACACGAGGCCAAAAUGCAGGAGCAGUAUCGGAGUCGGACGAAGCUGCUGGGAGACGUCAGACACAAGAACUGCUCCCUGAUGAUUGAUCCCCUUCGAUCAAGCGACCAGGGGCCUUUUCACUUCAGGAUUGAAAUGAAAGACUAUGACAAUUUUUCCUACAGAGAGAACAAAGUCUCCAUUUCAAUGAUUAGUGAACCAAAUCCAAUCAAAUUCACUGUGAGAGAGGAAGUAAAGGAGGGUCAGACGGUGUCGGCCUUCUGCUCCGUGUCUCACUCCUGUCCUGCCUUUCCUCCCGUUUUCAACUGGAGUCGCACUGGAGAGCAGCAUUUCAACUCCCAGCAGCUGAACGAAGGCCAGUGGGAGGCGACGUCCACACUGACCUUUCAACCAACCCACGCUGACCACAACAAGCCUUUACAAUGCAGCGUAACGUACAGAGGAGGGACGCACCAGAAGGAAUCCAAGACCCUCAAAGUGAAAUAUGCUCCAGUCAAUGUGAAAGUUGAUUACAAGUCGGAUGUGAAGGAAGGAGAAACUGUGCAGCUGAAAUGUUCCAGUGAUGCUCACCCUCCUGCUAACAGCUUUUGGCACAACGAAACAGGCGCUGAGCUGCAUAAAGGAAACAUCUACACUGUGCACAAUGUCUCUAGGCACACAGGAGGAAACCUGUUCUGCACUGCCAUCAAUGAAGAAGGACAACGCAAAUCAAAGCCAGUGAAGCUCAAUGUGUUAUAUGCUCCUGAGAUCAAAAUUGCCUCUUCGUGCUCCUCAGAAGGGAAUGUGGGAAAGUGUGUGUGCAUCGCAGAGUCCAGGCCUCCCAGCAUGGUCCAUUUUGUGCUUGCUGGCAAAGUCCUGCAAAGCACCAAAGUGGAGAAACAUGGCUUGCUCACCAUCGGGACCCUGCAGGCAGACGUCGGGUCUUCCAAGUUUGUGAGCUGUGUGGCCAACAACAGUCUGGGCAACGCCAACGUCACGCUCUCUUUGACUGUGAACGGUGACAUGCAGUAUAUGUUCAUCGGCAUCGGAGCAGGAGUGAUUUUGGUGCUACUUUUAAUAGCAGUGGGAGUUGCUAAGAAAUGUAGGGGGAGACCUGCAGACACACCAGCAUGUACCAUGAACAGCAUGAAGGCAGAGAAAGCUGUGGAUCUCCCUCAGUACGCCACAACGAAAAGAUUUCCCCCCAGUUCGGAAAAAGACAGCUAUGAUGAUGUAAGCUGCGGUGGCAUUUAUGCUAAUGAUCAUGUAUAUGGCAACAUGGAGGCUGAUGGGGAUGAUGCCAUAUACGCCAAUGUGUGAGAAAACAGCUGUGGUCCAUCUGUGUGCUGUCUAUCAAAACAUAUGCUUUUUUCUGUAUGUAGCACAAAAGCAUUUUUCUCUCCUGUAAUUUAAGCGUGUUUCAUUUUUUAUCUGAAAAGCUGUUCAAAAAUAACCAAAUACUUAAUGCACUUGUGCUUGGAUUUGCUGUUUUCUCUCAUCCAGAAUGUUUCCUUGUUCGUCUGAUCGUACACUGUGUUUUGAGAAAUCUCCAUUAAACUUUGUGAUGACUUA